GGGGGGGGGGGAAGGGAUUUUCUCCCAUUUCUUAUCUUUUUCGAUAUAGAAUAGAUGCUCUCCAGCUGCUUCUGAAUUGUUCUCGAGCCAUCCGACCGUCUUCACAGUACACAUUCUCCACUAGCGUUCUGCAGCGCCGUUGUUAUCGCCGCUGUCCGCUUGAUUUUCAGUCUCAAUUUCCGAGGAUGGCAGAAACCGAACCACCAUUUAGACCAAGGGAAAAGAUUAUCGAGAAGCAAAAGUAUUUCCAAAGCGUCCAUAAACACACGUACCUGAAAGGACCAAUGGACAAGAUCACCUCUGUUGCCAUUCCACUGGCUUUGGCUGGGACUUCAUUGUUUCUAAUUGGGCGAGGAAUCUAUAACAUGUCACAUGGGAUUGGAAAAAAAGAAUGAGGUAGCUGUAUUUUUCAUAUCGUGGGCUAUAUGAUUGUCUGGCUGUGUUUUGAAUAAUUGUGUUCUUGUACUUUUCAUUAUCAUGUUGUCUUCUACUUUGAAUUGGUUGUUGAUAGUUGGAUUUUUCAUUUUGUUUUAUUGUUUUUUUCUUGGGAAUUGUGGCUGUUACUCGCAUAUGUCUAUCAAAUUAUUUCUAUGUAUUAUUGUUUAUGAAAUUAUUUCUAUGUAUUAUUGUUUUAUUGUUUUUUUCUUGGGAAUUGUGGCUGUUGCUCGCAUAUGUCUAUGAAAUUAUUUCUAUGUAUUAGAUGACAAUGUGUCUGAAAUCACUACUUUUAAUGAGUAAUAUUAGUAUUUGAGUUGGAUUUGAACU